CAUCGUAGUUCUGCUCGGUAAUCUACCACAUUUGUCUUUACUUGAUGUCACACAUGCGACUGAAAGCAAAGCAUGUAGAAGUUCUCCACAUCCACAGAGGCAUUAUUUUCAUAAAGGACUGCACAUACAAUAUACGUCUAAUCGACAAACCUCUGGCUUGUCAUGGGUUUAACUAAGCAGUACCUGCGCUAUGUGGCGAGUGCUGUGUUUGGAGUGAUCGGCAGUCAGAAAGCCAAUAUCGCGUUUGUGACCCUCAGGGGAGGUGAAAAGGGUCGAUAUGUCGCCGUGGGAGCCUGUGAGCAUGUGUUCAUAUGGGAUGUCCGCAAAGCUGAGAAGGUUCUUAUACUUGAAGGUAAAAAGCAUGAGGUAACAUACCUGUGUCCUUCUCCUGAUGGCGUUCACAUAGCGGUGGGUUAUGAGGAUGGAGGUGUGCGCAUCUUUAAUCUGCACAACGGUGAAAGCAACAUCUCCUUCAGUGGACACAAAUCAGCUGUCUCAGUUAUUAGAUAUGAUGCACUCGGUGCUCGUCUCGUCACCGGCUCGAGAGACACAGAUGUGAUUGUGUGGGAUAUCAUCAAUGAGUGUGGUCUGUACAGACUCAAAGGACACAAAGAUGCAAUCACACAAAUUUUGUUCUUGGAGAGCAAAAACCUGCUGAUUACAAGUUCCAAGGACAGUUUUGUAAAGUGGUGGGACUUGGACACACAGCAUUGUUUCAAGACCAUGGUGGGGCAUCGCACUGAGGUAUGGGGGAUGGUCCUGUUGAACCAGGAGAGUAGGUUGCUUACAGGGUCUGCUGACAGUGAGCUCAGAGCCUGGGACAUUCAAUACAUUGAGGAGGGUAAGGAAGUGGGGGAGCCACAGGAAAAGAAAGUCAGAACUCUUCUUGAGAACGAGGAGGAAGAUGAGGAAGGACUUGACGAAGAGCCAGAAGAACGAAUUCUCAGUUGUAAGAAAGCUGGUUCUGUUCUGAGGGAAGCCAGAGACAGGGUUGUAUCCUUGGUCACAGAACCCAAAGCUAAAGUGCUAGCAUGCCAUGGUCUGGAUGCUACGCUUGAAGUCUUUACUGUCCUAUCUGAGAAGGAGGUCCAGAAAAAAAUGGACCGAAAACUAAAGAAAGCCAAGAAAAAAGCAAAGUCUCAAGAAGAAGAAGAGGAUGGACCUGAACCUGUAGUGGAGAGAAAGUUGAGUGAUGAGAUUCAAAAGCUGGCAAACAUAAAGGCGUCAUCCAAGAUCAGAUCGAUGGACUGCCUUCUGGUUCCUAAUGGAGAGAUCAAGCUUGCUCUUCUGCUGCAGAAUAACACAGUGGAGACAUACACCUUGAAGACUACAGAGAAGAAUCCUACUGGCACUAAAACCUCUCGCCUCACACUGGGCGGUCAUCGUACAGAUGUCAGAACGCUGGCCUUCAGCUCAGAUAACAUAGCCAUCCUCUCCGCCUCUGGAGAGACCGUCAAAGUGUGGAACAGGUCCACCUUGCAGGUCAUUCGUACCAUGGGAUGUGAAUAUGCUCUCUGCUCGUUAUUUGUUCCUGGAGACAGACAGAUUAUCUUAGGAACAAAGAGUGGGAAGAUUCAGAUUUUCGACCUGGCCUCAGGAAGCCUUCUAGAGACAACUGACGCUCAUGAUGGAGCUCUUUGGUCCAUGUGUCUUUCUCCAGACCAGAGAGGGAUUGUAACUGGUGGUGCUGACAAGACUGUGAAAUUCUGGGACUUUGAGCUCAUAAAGGAUCAGGACUCUGGGAAGAGCAAGAGACUGACGGUGAAGCACACACGCACCCUGCAGUUAGAUGAGGACGUGCUGUGUGUGCGCUACAGUCCUGACCAGAGACUGCUGGCUGUCUCUCUUCUUGACUGUACGGUCAAGAUCUUUUACACAGACACGCUAAAGUUCUUCCUGUCGCUGUAUGGACACAAGCUGCCCGUUCUGUGCCUGGACAUUUCGCAUGACAGCGCUUUAAUAGGCACAGGCUCAGCAGACAGAAAUGUGAAGAUUUGGGGUUUGGACUUCGGAGACUGUCAUCGCUCUAUGUUUGCACAUGACGACAGUGUCAUGUUUCUUCAGUUUGUCCCUAAAACCCAUCUGUUCUUCACUGCGGGAAAGGACCGAAAGAUCAAGCAGUGGGACGCUGACAAGUUUGAGCACAUCCAGACAUUGGAGGGUCAUCAUCGUGAGGUCUGGUGCCUGGCCAUCAGCCCCAAUGGAGACCACAUCGUCUCCUCGUCUCAUGAUAAGUCCCUCAGGCUGUGGGAGAGAACGAGGGAGCCCAUCAUCCUGGAGGAGGAGAAGGAGAUGGAAAGGGAAGCAGAAUUUGAGGAGUCAUUGGCUAAAGGUGAUGAACCUGUGGUCCCUGGAGAGACUAAAGGAGAGGCAGAGCCUGCUGGGAAGAAGACCAUUGAGACAGUGAAAGCUGCCGAGCAAAUAAUGGAGGCUGUUGAGCUCUAUAGAGAAGAAAGUGAAAAGCUGGAGGAGCACAGUGCCGCUUGCAAGGCAGCAGGGAAGGAGUUACCACCCCCUAAGAUGAACCCCAUCCUUGUAGCUUUUGGAAAUAUCUCUCCUUCUCGAUAUGUUCUGGAAGUAAUAAAGAAGGUUCGGUCCAGUGAGCUGGAAGUGUCUCUACUGGUGCUGCCGUUUCCGUAUGUCUCGGAUCUGCUGAAGCUCUUCAAUGGUUACGUGCAGCAGGGCCUGGAGGUGGAGCUAGUGUGCCGCUGCCUCUUCUUCCUGCUCAGAGUUCAUUUUGGUCAGAUCACCAGUAAUCAAAUGCUACUGUCAGUCAUUGACGAGUUAAGGACCAACACAAUCGCUAAAGUGCGAGAGAUCAGGGAUGUCCUGGGUUUCAACAGCGCCGGUCUGCAGUUCCUGCAGCGUGAGAUUGAGAGCAAAGAGGACGUAAUGUUCUUUGCUGAUGCCACAGACCGCUUUGAAGAGAAAAAGAGAAAGAGAAAGAAACGUGAAAGAGCCGUCCUUACAAUCACAUGAAACUGACGUGCUUGUCAACUGUUAUAACAAACUCCAUUGCUUUGUGCUUUUACAAUCCUGAAGAAGCAUCAUGCUGAUGUUUUUAUAAGUUGAUGUGUCAUUUGUACCUGUCUAAAGUCCAUAAAGGUAAAUUUCUCCACAAAUCAACUUACUGAAGCUACUUUGUUCUUUAUAAUAUUAAAGUGUGUGUGUGUGUGUGUGUGUGUUUGAAUAGAGAUUCCAAGCUGCAAAAAAAACCCUAUUUGUCAUUAUUUUUUUAAAAUCAAGACUAAAAAAAAAAACACUUUCUAUGAAACCAUGUUAAGUAAAUCUAGACUGUUUUAAGGAAUUUUACCCCCCAAAAAAGAUUUUUUCAAUGUCAUUUUUUUUAAUGUAAGGACAAAAUUUAGGCUUCCUGGCAGGUUAAUGCAAGUGCUGCUACUGGCAAAAGUGAAGCAGCAGCACCACCAAGGAAAAGCAGUGCUGUUUUAUAAUGAAAUAUUUCAUGCACAUAAUAUGAUGUCCUGGCAUUGAACCACAAAUAAAUCACGACAAUCUUAUGUGAAUGCAAUGGUUGGAUAUAGAGAAGUUAAGAUUGAAUUAGGGUAAUCUGGGACAUUUUUGGCACUUAUUUGAUUGUGAAAGAGAGAAAUGUAUGCAUCAGAUUCAGAUCUUUGGUUCCCCACAUUACCCAAUGUCCCAGAUUAACCUCAAUCAUCCAACAUUAAUGCCCAUA